UUCUGGCCGACAGAUGAAAACAUUAGUGUUGCUGCUAAAGCCGGUCUGAUUUCUGCUACAUUCAGCAAGAUGUUUUUCAUUCUGCUGCAUUUUUACAACCAAUAUAUAUCAAACUGUUAGCGUUUACUUGGUCUAUAAGUAGCCAGAGUCUAUUUUCUAGCCCAAUUCCUUUUGUGUCUCUUCCAGGUUAACUUUCAGCAGAAGAAAAUGAACGGAUUGUCAAUCAGCGAAUUAUGUGGCCUGUUCUGUUGCCCGCCCUGUCCGAGCCGGAUUGCAGCGAAGCUGGCUUUCCUGCCCCCGGAACCCACCUAUGCUCUUCUGCCGGAUCUGGAGUCCACCUCACCUGUGACCUCUAACCUGGGAGCUUCAGGUUUGCGCUCUCGUUUGGGUGGGGGUGGCAGAAGAGGGAGUGGAGGAGGAGGAGGAGGAGGUUUAAGUGACCGGAGUGGAGAGAGCCGGUGGAAGCUGCACCUCUCUGAGCGAGCGGAGUUCCAGUACUCUCAGAGGGAGCUGGACGGAACCGAGGUCUUCCUCACUCACUCCAGCCGUGGCAACAAAGUAGGAUGCAUGUACAUCCGCUGUGCACCGUCUGCAAGGUACACUGUGCUCUUUUCUCACGGUAAUGCUGUGGAUCUGGGUCAGAUGAGCAGCUUUUACAUUGGUCUGGGCACUCGCAUCAACUGCAACAUCUUCUCCUAUGAUUACUCUGGUUACGGGGUCAGUACAGGAAAGCCCUCCGAGAAGAAUCUGUACGCAGACAUUGAUGCUGCAUGGCACGCUUUGCGCUCAAGGUAUGGCAUCAGCCCAGAGAAUAUAAUCCUUUAUGGGCAGAGCAUUGGCACCGUGCCCACUGUGGAUCUGGCAUCACGUUAUGAGUGUGCUGCCGUGGUACUUCACUCACCCCUCACUUCAGGGAUGAGAGUGGCAUUCCCUGACACCAAGAAGACUUACUGCUUUGAUGCCUUCCCAAACAUCGAGAAAGUGUCUAAGAUCACAUCUCCAGUGCUGAUAAUUCACGGGACGGAGGAUGAAGUGAUUGACUUCUCUCAUGGUCUGGCCCUGUUCGAGCGAUGCCCAAAGGCUGUGGAGCCGCUGUGGGUGGAGGGAGCCGGACACAACGACAUCGAGCUCUACAGCCAGUACCUGGAGCGCCUGCGCCGCUUCAUCAGCCAGGAAGUAGCUGCGCAGUAAACACGCCCCUUCAAAACCUCUCCUGCCAGGUUACCAAUUCAGGAGCAAUCUCCGUAAUAUCACAGCUCAGAAUGGCAGAUCUUACAGGCCUGGUAUCAGCAUGUGAACACUUGAUUGUGCUCACAUGAAUAAAUGGUAGAAGUGUAUGGAAAACAAACAAACAGACUUCAUUUCUGGAGAGUUUGUUCUUCUAUAAGCUGUCGACUCUGUUUUCUAUCAGCCAGGAGCUGAGUUUAGUACCAAGAAGACCUUCAACUUCAGACCCAGAAGAUCACAAUAUAUGAGUGUCGGUCGUGUAAAAAACCUCAGAUCUUUGCUUCUCGCAUAUGAUUGGUUGAUUUAGAUUGUGGUUUUUGUGAUCAGCACAAACGCAAGGUCAUCUGAACAGGACUAACUAAUAACUCUUUUUGAAGCUAAUAUCUUGUUGGUGUUUAUGUACUUCCUCUUUUGUUGGAUCGUGGAUGAGCAUAUAACUAGUCUGUUUUAAAAAUAGCGUUACCUCCUUUUCAGACAAGAACUCUCUGCUGGACAGAUUCUGUGUGCUUGCGUGCGUGUUUGUAACCCUAACCUUUUUUUAGACUGUUAGCUGUUUGUGUUUUUCAUUGCAACCUUCUUUUGUGUCUGUUUUCAUUCAGACUGAACACGUUUUUUCAUUAAAAAAGGUAGAAGCGGUGCAACAAAUGGAACCUCUGUGUCUUGCGACACGUUUUUUAAAACACUGCACUCCUACGCGAUAUGCUGAAAAAAUAACAAGACGUGGUGCAGCAGUCAAAGAAGCCCAUCUUAUGUUUAAAUAGAAAAACUAUGUAAUCUAUAUAUAUAUAAAAAUAAAAAAAAAAUGUGCAGAUAGACGCAAAAACACGCCCUUUAUUUGUCCAUUAUCUUGAUCUUUAUUGGAGUUCAAAAUAAGAAUGAAUUAUUUGAAGAUCACUAAUCAAUUGUAAGAAAAUUUGUGACAUUUGUGACCAUGUUAACUCCCAUAGAUGCAGAUUAAAGCGUGGACUCGAGCCACAGCAAGUCAUACAGACUGGGUUCUUUUGACUUGUGUCCGUAAACAACCACCUUGAAACUGCAUAGAAACCAAUUAAUUAACCAAUAAUGUCCUGGCAAGCUCUCCAAACAUUCUGGCAUCGUUGCAGUGAGUUUUUCACAGGCAAGCACCACUCACAUUUACAUUAAAAAAUUAAAAAAUUAAUUUUUAACUAAAUGACCUUAUUCACAGUAGCACCAUCUUUGAUUUUUGACCUGAAUGAAAAUGAGGCAGUGAGGGAUCGACAUAGUUUUUUUUCAAUGGCAUCCACUGUAUAAAGCUGUAUAAAGCUCUUGGAUCACAUCACAUCUCAUUUUGUUGGAAAGAUGUUUUUUUUAUUUUCAAUCCAAAACACUUUAAACAACAGUAAAACCCACUGAAGAUACUGUAAAGUCUGUCCCUCACAGCCUUGUUGAUAAAAAUUAAAGAUGGCGCUACUGUGAAUAAGGUUCAUUGUUCACUAAAAUCUGACUUUUGGACCCCACUGUGCCUAAAUGCCUAAAGAGAGGCCAAAUUCUUCAUUUUUCCUUGACAUCCGUCAAUCUGUUUACGUGUCUGCCAAACACUGUUUUUAUUUACAUACAGGGAACAGAAUUUGUAUAUAUUUGGCUUUAUAAUCCUUUUUUCCACUGUGUCCCUACAAAUGGAGCUUUGUCAGAGAUCUCUAGAUGUAAUUUUGCCCACUGUGACGCAUGACAAAAAUAGUAAUUGUUUAUUAUUUCCCUCGAUAUUUUAAUCCCAAUUAUUAAUUUUGAUGAAUAGAAUUCACAUUAAAAUACUUUUGUGUAGGGCAACUGCAAAUUCCUUAUUUUGGCUACACAACCAAAACAAACUGAGAACCGUGUUUAUGUGAGACAUCAUUUGAACCGGUUGUUGUUACUGAUAGGACUAUAUACUAAUUUAAAUGCUUCUGAUCAACAUUUGCAUUCAUGCACACAACAUACAUGCCUGUUAUUGGUUAUAAUGCCCGAGCACUGCAAAAAACACGUGGUUGAACAUUUUGACCAGAUGAAACAAACCUAAAUGUAAUUGGCACUUCUCACAAUUGGGUAAUUGCAAGCAGCCGUGAUUGUAAUCUUAAUAUUUUUUUCUGAUUAAUUAUGCACACAUUCCUCACCUUUGCUCUUUUAUGUCAUUCGUUUCUGUCUCUCCAUAUAAAAUGCGCAUUGAUGUAAUGGUGCAUAAAUGACCAUAACACUUAAGUCAACCCCAGCCUGACUUGUGAUUGACAGUUUUCUGAGCCGUUCCAGAAUGGGGUCAUGACUUCCAUCCACCGCUGACCUUUUGUGUGUUUGUGUGCGAGAGAAAGAACUGUGACAGAUUUUUGUAAUAUUACCGCAUGUUAGGUCAUCAAGACACGUUGUCAGUGCCUCUGUUUUCUUUUGCUGUUUUUUGCUAUUUCUAUUUCCAUAAAAGUUUGUAUAUUGAGCUAUUUAUAGCUGUAAUUUCUCUUGUAAACAGCCUUGCUUUAAUAGAUAUGCUCUUGUGUGUUCUAUGGGUAUUUAACAUGAACUUUCAGAUCUAUUUUUAUAAGGUUGACAAAAUCUUUGCUAUAAGAACAACAAAUCUUUCACUGUUUAAGAGCCAGUUUUAAAGGGAUAGUUGUCUUUUUAGACUAUACAUUUAUGUUCUUUACAUUUUGCUUGAAGGUCCCCCCCAUACACACACACACACAAAUCUGUCUGAUUUGCUUUCUUCUGUGUAACACAAAAGAGACUUUGAAUGUUGGUUGCACUUUUCCAUGCAGUAAAAGUAAAUGGGGACUGAACGAUGUCAAGCUCCAAAAAAUCACCAUUGAAACACCAGAAAAUAACUACCAUUCAGAUAUAUCAUAUGAAGACGUGUUGCACUUGGUUUGGCUUCAAUGAUGCCAUUGAUUCUCUCAGUGCCAUUGUGAUUCAAUGUGCAAAAGACAUUUGAGAGCUAUAGCUACAAUAUUCAAUGAAUAAAGAUUUUUGGCCAGUUCCUCACACAAAGCUCUUUGAUGGCAUUAUAAGACUUGGAAUACAGUACCCAGUCAUAUGGAAUACAUUUAAGGUGUUUUUAUAGUCAGUUUUUGAAGCUUAACAUGGAACAGAGCAGCUCAGAAAUUCUUCAAAACGUCUUUUUCUGUUUCAUGGAAGAAAGUAAGUCAUAUGGUUUUGGAAUGGGUGAGGGUGCAUAAAUGUUGACAGAAUUUUCAUUUUUGGGGGAAUUAUUCCUUUUAUGGGACAUUACAGUCUCUUUAACACCUUAUUCUGAUGUCUUUGUUUCUUAAACUUUGAAACCUUUUAAGUGACUGACUCAUAGCAAAAUGCAGUGUGUACUCAGUAAAAGUGCAUUCUGUCAUGUUUCACAAAGAAUUUUUCAAAGGCAAAAGCAUUGCUGAUAACACACCACAUUUUUUUGUUUUUACAAAACUGCUGCAAGUUAAAUAAAAUGGAAGGAAACAUAGACCUCAAGAAAAGAACAUUAUUCAUUUUGACACUAGUGUCAUAAUAAGCAUAGCAAACUUUUUGUUAAAAACAGGUGGUGUGCCCCAGCAGUAUGCAUGUACUGGUAAUACAGUAGGUAAGAUAUUCAUUGGAAUGAAAAUGGAUUAAUAAUAGCGUGUUUCAGUGUAUAUUAUGACUUUUUUUUUUUUUAAUUAAAUAGUGCACAUUAGGCUAAUAUGAAAAAAGGAUGUUACUUUAAUUGUUUUAUUUACUUUUUAGAGCUCUAAUGUAAAUGGUUAGAAUGUUCACUUCUGAACUUGGAUCUACAGUAUAUCUCUGAGCAAUAACGUCAAACCUUUGACUGUGAGAGCUGUACAGCAUCGAUUUACUGUUAGACUCCCAAAAAACACAUAAUGAUCAUCAGGAGGGUUUGCACUUCAUUAAGUGACAUAGCACAAGUUUAUCUGAUAUAACUGACUGCAGAUCAGCUGCUCAAGGUAAAAGUUAAAUUACUGUAUGCACAGUCACAAUUUUGUAUAGUGAUUUUAAGCUCAAUUGCUCUUUUUCCAUUAACACUAGAUCACACUGCAUUGUAUCGAGAUCUACAAAAAACAUUACUGUAUAUUUCAACUUACAUGUCUGUAUAAAGAGGUUAUGGUGUUUCCCCCUUAUGAUGUAAGAUGCUUUGUGCGUGUUGGGUAAAGAUUUUUUUUAGCUGAAAGAUGUGAUGUACUGUGAUUGAGUAAUAAAGAAAAGCUUUAAAG